GAAAAACGAAGAGGCCAAGGAGGCGGCCAAGCAAGAGGAGGAGGGAGAGGAAGAGGAGAAGGGAGAGCCAGAGACAAAGGAAGGGGAGGAGGAAGCACCAGAGAGAGAGGCGGCGGGGCUGACAAAUGCGGAGGAGGGGAUGGCGAAAGCGACAGAGGAUGCAGAGGCUGACGGAGGGGCGGCGGCGGUGCCGGCAUAUGGUGAGGACGAAGAAGGACAAGGAGAAGAACAAGCAGAAGCACCACCUGCACCAGUACAACAGCCGGCCCCUCCAGUGGUCUCGACGUCGACGCCAGCAACACCAGAGGAAAUAAAGGAGAAUAUGCAACCGGGCCGCGCGCUCCUCGGUUGUGUCUUCAACUGUGGCAUGGCGCCUGCGGCCUCCUCAUUCCUCUCCGAAGCCGAACGCCGGAACCCGAUGAAGAGGAAUCUUAGAUUAAGGCUGGGAAAACAUUGCUCAGCGUGUGUCGCAGUAUGCAUUUAA